AUGGAUACCACAGAUAUACUUUAUGAUGACCACCGACACCUACGAAUAUUAAAUGAUGCAUAUCUUGGCCAUGCACGUGUGCCCCUUGAAAGCCUGUACUAUCAAAAUUCCGGUGGUCGAGUUUUCAGUGAGUUAAAUAAAGAACGUCUUUUGGAAAUCUACAGCAAUGCGGGCUGUGAACGAAUGACUGCGCCGCAUUUUAUUAUGGCCUUGAUAUCUCCUGUCGAGCUGGAUAAAUAUCUUAAAGCCAACAGCAUGUCGCGAUCGUCUCUAAGCCUAGGAGAAAUGCCAUUCCUUCGACUGCCUAGUAGUCCCACUUUGCACGCAUUAUCAGGAAGGCAUCGGUGGGAAGCUGCAAAGGAAUUCUAUACCACCCCACAGGACCGCUGGUGGGCUGUCGUGCUCUUUAACAAAGAAAUGGUGCCCCCAGAGUGCUUAGUCACAAUUGCUGAGGAGUAUGACAAUUCAAUGCCAUAUCCUGAUGGCGAAAUAUAUGGACAUGUCCGGACAUACCAGCUCUUAGGCCGACGAAGGCAAGCGGCCAAAUGGAUCAAUAGAAUCUCUUCUGGCUCUAAAAGGAGGGAUUUCUGGCGUCUACUUCAGAAUCCGUCGUAUAGACCGUUCUGUGAUGCGCUUGAUAUGCUUUGCAGAUACCCCGCUGUUCUUGCAUCAUUCAGUCUGGGAAAUAUUCGUCGAUUUUUCAGAAUGAAAUGUGCGGAGGAACUAGCUGCAUCUAUUAAACAUAUCUAUUAUGCGUGGAUGGAGAUCAUGGGUGAGCUCCCCGGCCAACUUCUGGAUGCCGGUUCAGUCAACCGCCUCCAGGGUCGUUCCCCAAAAUGGUCGUCCAGUGAUGCAAGCUAUGUCGAUAGCUUAUUUGCUAGUGGGCAGCUCUUUACAAACAUACACGAUCCUAGCCAACGCUCGUGGCUGAGAGAUAGACUAUUUUCGUUUAACGGUCUGAUCCCCUCAAUCAAGACUUUCUUGGAGAACACCAAGUUCUUGGAGCCUGCGGCUAUAUCAUUGAGGGCUCUUCUUCCGAGAAGGUUUACGGGCACAUUACGUCAGCAGAUGCUACAACACUUCAAGGCAUCGAAGAAGGAAUUCUGGCCUGCAUACCAACGCAUUUGGCUUACAGCUCUACGUCUAUUUCCUUACCUGACGACAUUUAAGCCUCUUCAAGAUAAAAGAGGCUACCGAGAAGAGUACGCUGGUGAUUACUGGUGCAUCCUGGCCAAAUCUGCAUUAGAGUUUGGCUUUAACUCCCCAAAGAUUGGACAGAUAGCGAAAAAAUUAGGAGAUUCAAAUGUUUCACUCCACAUUGCCAGAAACCCACAAAUCUUUACUAAUGAAGGACAGCGAUGGAGAUUAAGGCAGAGAUGCGGCAUGCCUACAGAGAGUACAUUCAACAGUCUAAGUCCCUAUCUUUGUUUGGAAAAUAUGCGAUGCACAUUACACCUACAGCCAGGUGCAACAGACAUCUCUGCAUUUGCUGUGGCCCGUGAAGCGUUCCUGUCUUUUUUUAAUGAGCCUGAUCAAGAUACACACGCAUCUCCUGAGACCAAUGGCCAGUUAAACGCUACACCUGUUGGUUUGUCCCCUUCUACACAGCAAGCCGAUGACCAGGAAAUAUUGCCCGAUGCGCAAAAUCCCCCUUCUACAACGCUUACGGAAUGCCCUCCUAUCUCAAGCCAAAGAGGUGACAUGGUACUGCCAGAUGCGUUAAACUUGACACACACUGUUUCACCUGAGAAAGAGCUGAGCCUACAGUUAGCUCUCCCUGUGCCGCCCUUUGACCAAUCUGGCAACCUGCCUCGGGAUUCCCGCGCAGUGACACCAUUUCCAACAUUAUCUACCAAUCAUGAAUUAAUGAGUUCAGGAGCUGAUCUUUGGGAAGCAUCGGUAAUCAAGGAGUUUGAGAAAAUGAGACCGAGCGAAAUAAGAAAUCACCUCAAACAACUAAGCUCUCCCUACGGCAUCUAUUUUUACGAUGAAUGUUUAUUAUAUCAUUUCCAGGCUGAAGCUCUAGCCCAUCUAGAAAGCUUCAUGCGUGACAAGCAAGCGGGGUGGUGGCUUGCAAAGUACGACGGCGAAAAUCUUAUUACAUUUGAUCCAGCAGAUGUAAAAUACAUUAUAGAGACGGAACAUGUGGUCGUAUGUGGAAAAGGUAGAAGUUACUUUGAAGCCCAACGGGAUGAAGAAGCCCAGCUGCUAUGA